GGUGGACGUGAGCGAGUACAACCGAUAACGAAAAUCACAAGUGGAACAGAGAGAAUUUCCACGGAAAGGCAAAACGCAAAUCGAGUGAGAAGGGAGGAUAGCAGUACCAGAGAGCAGUAAAGCGGGGGCGGACGCCAGUUGCCAGUGACUCUGGCUCCUCAGUCGACGUCAAGCCGUCGGUUUGAUCGUGUCAUCAACGUAUCGGGAUCUACGGUAAAUUGGUGACGAUAACGUGUUCACGAAAGACCGAUUGGUAAUUUUUUCGUGUGAAAUUAAUGUGACACAGAUGACGAAAAAAUUGUGGACGAGAAAAUAGAAGUGACUUGGAAAUGUAAUUUUUGGGGAAUUUAUUUUUUUCGUCGAUUGAAUUUGGAAAAGAGGAGUAUUCGAUCGGUGAUCGAUUGAUCGAGUGAUUAUUGCAGUGAAAUUGUGGUUAUUGUUGUCCAUGUUUUAGUGCAUUGGAUUAUAGUCAUGAGGUAUCAAUCAUAAAGCCAGGCAAAGAAAAACCACACUGUUGAGCUCAGGGCGUUCAUAACUGAGGACACAGGUGGUAAAGAAGACGAUGAUUGAGCCUCGGAAAUAACCACCGAGGUCCGACCUCCCCCCUCGUUCCCAUCACGGGUGAAGAAAAACAAGAAUCAAGAGGGGGUGGAGGCGGAGGGGGCGGUGGUGGUGUAGUCGAGGGAGAAGUUGAUGGUGAAGAGGAGACAGAAGGACUCAAAAGAAGGGGGAGGAGAAAGACUGUGAAACGAUCGCCAUAUCAACCUGUCAAUCGAACAAAGAAGGAUUUUCCCGAUUGUUGGAGAAGAUAAACGUCAAGAACCUUUAGUACAACGACACAGAAGAGAAAAAAAAACAACCACCGAGAGUUACGGUGAAAGGGAGAAUAAAUAAAUAAAACUUGAAACUUAGGACAAGAGUUUAGUUUGAAGAGCCGAGUUAAUUAAACUUGAAAUUCAAGAAAAUACCAAAAUACUGAAAUAUAGUUGCGAGAACUAACGAACUUGUGCUGUUACCUCUGGUGCAUGAACAGUGAGAGUGACUCGAUUCUUCAGUGAUAAGUGUUAUUUAUUUUGGGUUUAGUGGUCUAGUGUCCAGUGAUAAGUUGGAGACCCGAUAAGUCACUGACAGAGUAGUUUGACAUUCAAUAGAAAUAGAGUGAGAGUAAAAAAAAAAAUUAUAUACUCACACCUCUAUGAAAAUGCUACAAUCGCUGAACGCUCUAGCGGGCAAAAUAUCGCCGGGCUCGCCUACCGAUGGCAAUGCCAACAAAGUUCAUCUGCAAAACAAUAAUAACAACAAUUUCAAUAACAAUAAUAACAAUACCGUGUCGCAUCAUCCGCAUCCGUACUCGAAGCAACAGUCGACGAGAAUGCAGCCGAGCAAUGGAGACAGUCAGAAGGAAAAUGGUAUGAUCGAGAAUAGUUUGGAGAAACCCGACCCAGACACGAUUAAAAUGUUCGUUGGUCAAGUACCGCAUGACAUGGAGGAGAAUGAUCUCCGAGAGAUGUUCGAGCAGUUCGGAAGGGUUCAUCAGAUCAAUGUAUUACGAAACAAAUACACGGGUAGUCAUCAAGGCUGCUGUUUUGUUACAUUUUAUACGAGGAAAGCAGCCCUCGCAGCCCAGAAUGCUUUGCACAAUAUCAAAACGUUCAAUGGGAUGCAUCGGCCAAUCCAAAUGAAACCAGCAGACAGUGGCCAUCGCAACGAUCGAAAAUUAUUCGUGGGCAUGUUAUCUAAGAAGUACACGGAGAAUGACGUCAGAAAUAUGUUCGAUGUAUACGGUGCAAUUGAAGAGUGCUCAGUACUCCGUGAUAACAGUACUGGACAAAGUAGAGGUUGUGCAUUUGUCACAUUUGCGAGUAAACAAUAUGCCAUAAAUGCCAUAAAAGCCCUACACCACUCGCGCACAAUGGAGGGUUGUUCGUCCCCAUUAGUGGUCAAGUUUGCUGACACGCAGAAGGAGAAGGACCAGAAAAGGAUGCAGCAAUUACAGGCCAACUUGUGGAACAUUGCUGCUGUCAACAUGACCACACCGCCUUAUCUAACCAACAACGAUACAUCUACACUAGCACCAACAACGUCACUCCAGUUACUUCAGCAAUUGCAAGCGAGUUCAAGUGCUGCAACCCCAGUAGCGAGUAAUACCGGAGCUGCCAGUGCAUUAUCAAGUGUGCAACAUCAAUUGCUGCUUCAACAACACCUAGGACUGAGUGCUGCAACCGCAUCACAAGCUGCGGCAGCCCCAGCAGUACCAAGCUCACCCGAGAUCAGUCAAGCUAAUCUUCAGGGUCUCGCUACACUGGCAUCACUCGGUAAUUCCACCGGUGAGUACGCAAAUGCUGCUGUAUCACCAAUGAGUAUGCAAGAUUUAGUAACACUAGCGGCAAUGACUGGUGGUAGCAGUAAUCUGCAAGUGCAGCCGAGCUCACUGACCGGAUUGGGUAAUUCAACGGCAGGUAUGUCACUAUCUGCCCUACUCGGAAAAACCGGAAGUACAGGGUCCACUGGUAACAGUUUCAAUCCAGUGACAUCUCUGACGCUCAAUUCACUCACUGCUUCACCACUAAGUGGUAUUCAGGAUUCAUUGACAAGUGCUUAUUCGAGUCUACAGCAAUAUGCAGCUCUCAUUGGAAAAACAACAGUCACGGUGGAAAAGAAAGAAUUGCAUAGAUUUCCAACACUGACAACAACAAAUAGCACAACAGCAAUUGCUGCUGCUGCACUGGCUGCACAGCAACAAGCUAUGAUAGCUAAUGCUGCUGGUAAGCAAAUUGAGGGCCCAGAGGGAUGUAAUUUAUUCAUAUAUCAUCUGCCCCAAGAAUUUACUGAUAUGGAUCUUGCAUCAACAUUUGUACAAUUUGGUAAUAUGCUAUCGGCCAAAGUAGUUGUUGAUCUCAAGACAAACAUGAGUAGGUGUUUCGGCUUUGUAUCAUACGACAAUCCAACAAGUGCUGCUGCUGCAAUACAAACGAUGAAUGGAUUUCACAUAGGCACUAAACGUCUGAAGGUGGAACACAAAAGAGCCAAAGAGGCUGCCAAGCCCUAUUAGUCCCCUCUCCCCCCCAACUCACGGGCUUCAUUAUUAAUAGCAGGUGGCCUGUGACGUUGUGACUGUUAUACUAUCAACUGGAGUUCUCGCCCCCCGUGCCAUGUCUGUCUCAGUUCAGUCACGACUCGAUCAGUCUCUGUGUUUUGUCGGUGCCUGUUGCAACUUUACCAUCAUCAAAAAAAAAAACCAAAAAAAAAAAAUAGAAUGAAAAAAAUCGAGUAUAAACGUAACGCUCGCCCUUCCUCCCCUCCCGCCCCAUUCCCGUCAAUAUUCCACACAAAAUUCUUACAAUCCUUUAUGUUCCACUUUAUUCCCCACGUACUUCCGUGAAAGAAACGGGGGGGAGAAAAAAAGAAAAUGAAAGCAUCCUUUUUUUUGAUCAUUUUUUUUUAUCAAAGCUAACAAACAGCUCUUUUUUUUUAUCGUUUUCACGAGAGCUUUGAAGUCAGAAACUUUUACAAAAGAAAGUUUAUCUCGUCCCUUUGUUGUUUUUAAUUGAAAAUAAAAACGAAAGGAUUUGCUAGAGGAUUUUUUAUAAGAAUGGAAUUUGCUAAUGAAAUCGACGCCAAAAUGUUGAGAAAAAAAAAUAUUGAAAAAAAAAAAACUUUAAUCUAUGUGUAUAUAUUUAUAUGUGUGCCCGUGCGUAUUAUAAUAUAUGUCUAAACAUUUCUAGUACAUAUGGGGGUAAAACGCUAACAAGUUGAGCGAUAAACACCGGCCUCGACGAUGAAUUAUUAUCAAUAAUUUACUGAUAUGAGACAUAAAGCGUUAAAGUACGUUUUUCUGUCGACUGAAAAGUACAUUUUUCAACCGAACAAUCAAUUUUGUACGAAAAUUUUUUCAUCGAUAUCGAAUUUCAGGGGCCCCGCAAAGAUGAGUCGAUUUUUUUCGCUUUUUUCCGCAGUAUUUUUUGUUAGUUUUUUUUUUAUUUCGGGGGCGAGAAAUACGUGCGGUAUCAUGAGCUCAGCCUCCCCCAAUUGUAGGGGAAUAGCUCACAAAUGCAAUGAUAUAUUCAAAUAUUCGCAUCGUCAAUCAUCUACGAUUGAUUAGUCAAUGAGCAUGUUCGCAAUUUUUCAUAUAUCAAUUUGUCAAUGAGAUAUACCGCGAAAAGAUAACUAUCAAUUUCGAACCCCUAUUUAUUUGUUUCUACUUAAAAUCAUUGAUUCUCACUCACCAGUACGUUCCCUCGGUGCUCAGAUCCUCUCCUUACUCCUCAAAACGGCGUCAAAAAUUCCCUCGAACCACGUACACACACACACACACACACCCACAAUCACAUACACUAAAAUCAAUCCCCCUUGAACGCGAUGAAUGAUCGCCGAGAAAUUGUUGGAAAGUGCUGUCAGCGUUGAUAUUCACGGUCUUCACACCUGGAAAAUUGAAAAAAUUGAGUUCAUGGGGAUGCACGUGGGGCGUUUUAUGAGCCUCGCGUUUUGUCUCGCAUGUGCAGAAAAGAAAAAAAAAAUCUAUGUCAACUAGCCCGACAACAUUUUUAUACCAUUUUUCUUUUUAAAAAAAAUACCACCCUAAUCCCCGCUUUAUAUUUUCUCCUCGUAAUGCAUUCGUUGGGGUGGGGAAAAAAACGUUCAACAUUUGUUCCCCUACCACCAAUUGCUGACAUUUUUUUUUUUUUUGAAAAACCAGAUGAAGAAAAAAAAUUGGAUUUUUUUUUCACCCAUUUUUAUCGUCUGUGUAUACGUAUGCAUAUAUAUUUUAAAUGUAACAGCACAAGUCAUGGGGUUGGAAAAAAUGUCCUCGGGGUUUAAUGCAUUGAAUAUAUAUUAUUUUUCUUUUUCUUUUAUCAUUGAAAAAAACACAAACUCACGAUACAAUUUUUGUUUAUUCUUUAUGUACAGUUGAUGUGUGUUUUUUCUUUCGUUUAAAAUGAUAGAAUACUUUGUUUAAAUAAAUCCAUCGAAGAUUGAGUUUGAAAUUUUUAAAAAACAACACAAAGUUAUAGAUAAAAGAGUAAGACUUUAUUUGUCAUUUUCAUGUAGUGAUUUCAAUCGGCAUAAGCUCAAUAUUCAAUGGAUUAUUGCCAGUUUUUUUUUCUCUAUCAAUUUUUUUCUGUUCCAAAUAUUUCUUCAUGUUGAUAAUUUUUUUCUUUUCACUUGGUAAAUAUGUUACGCUGAGGCUCCGAGAUAAAAUACCAAAGACGUGUCUCAGACUAACCUAUUAUUGUACUUACAACGUAAUGCAAUGCUACAGAAUGACUAAUUUUACGACAAGUAUGUAAUCGCCGAACAAUUGUUAAAACUUAUUUCAUCGAUUAAAUUUAAUUGUUCAAAAAUUCAGGCAAAACUGACUAACACAAAGCCGAGGGUCAAAGCACACCGCAUCUACCAUGCACAAGCAUUAAGUAAAAGUAUCAAUUAUAUUAUUUUUCUCCGCAAUUAUUGAUUAAUUGUUAAUAGAAUUAUUGUUAUCACGAGGAUAGUUAUUUGAUUUGUUUUUUUUUUUGAUCUUAGUUCAUAAGUCAAGGCAAUUAGUCAUAAUUCAUUUUUUUUUGUUCACUAUUCCUCGAAAUGAAUUGUUUAUUUUCAUUUAUUUGUUUUACUUUUUAUUAUUGAUAUCGAAGGUGAUGUGCCAUGUAUCAAUGAGAGCAGAGUUCUUUUGGAUAUUUAAUGCCAGUCGUAGAGUUUAAUUUUUCAUCGUAAAGUGUUGAACCAAAGUAUGAAGAUGGCCACUGCACAUUUGUUUAUACCAAAAUAAAUAUUUGUUACCAACGUGAGAGGCAGUGACGAGCCUGUGAUAACAGUAAUAAAGUACGUGGAGCAGUGAAGGGAAAUAUCAUUUUUUUUACAAAACUCAAUUUUUACCAAUCAAACAUUGUUUCAAUAAAAUUGCACAAAUUGAAUGACCAGAAUGGAUGAGGUCUAUUUCAUUUAAUUGUUGGGUAAUACCCAGACGAAAUUAAUUCCUUUCACUUCUCCACUCAACUUAAUUUUAAUUUUCUUCCGGAGGCAUUAUACAUACAAUUAAAAAAACUAAUAACUGUUAUCCCAUGGCUGCCACUUCCCAUAAGCUCCAUAAUUCGAGUACCUCGAAUAUAAUUUAUUUUGUCGGUUUAAUAAAUCCCUGUACUUCACGUAAUGUAAUGUUACUCAUUUCCUUGAAAUUCGAUCAUUGUUUACUAGUUGAUUAAUCAACGAAAUUAUCAUUUUCGUUCGUUAUUUCUUCAGCUGAAUCAUGUGAAGAGGCUCUUAGAUAGUUCGAUUGUUAAAAUUAAUCAAGUUUAAUUGUACGUCCAACCGAGGGUAAACGCCAUGCACCCACAUAGCAUUUUUUUAUAAUUGACUAUAAAAAUUGCUAUUUUGUCAUUGAAAAAAUGUUAAUUCGGACGUUUGAUCGUAGUGUGAGGACAAUAUAUGAAGGAUGACUAUGUAUUUGUUUAUCAUGUAAUGAUUUGAGUGGAUGAUGUUCGUUGAAAUUUCCUUCCUUCCCUCCCCCUUACUCCACCCAAAAUAAAUUGAAGGAAAAGUGUAAAAAAAAAAUGUGAGCGUUGUCACCCUACGAUAAAUGUUACCCGGAAUUUUCUUUUCACAGUGAAUGACACACUCGAGAUAAUUUACAUUUUGACAUAAUGUUAAAUGAAAAAAAUGGAGAAACGAAAACGAUCAUAGCCUAGGCAUAUGUUUAUUCACGAUUAUAAUUACGGUGUCUAAAAAAAGCAACUAAAUAGUGAUUAAUUAGAUUUUUUAUAUCACCGUGUGAAAUUGUAGGCGCGUGAUGUUUAAAGAUAAAAAAAACAUUGAGGAGAGGAUUGCGAGGAGGAAAAUUAAUAGAGUGUGCGUGUGUGUAUGCGCGUAUGUGUAAGCGCUGUGGUUUAGAUGAGAAAAUGAAUAAAUCGUAUUUUGGAAAUAAAA